UUUAAUAUUCUGCUCUCAUGCCUCCGUCUCAAUAUACAAGACAUGACGUAAAGUAAACAACCACACAUCACACACACAAACAAACAAUCACCAAUCACGAAUUACGAACUAGAACCCUUCGACUAUCUGGCUUUUUUUUGGUUAAUGGCGUAUCUCUAUUGAUACUUCGGUCCUCUCUGCCCCUCCUCCACCGCCAAAACCUCCAGUUCAGACAUCACCAACAUCACCACCACCAUCAUGACUGACUCACAAUCCUCCACCUUCAUCCCCCCCUCCAUCCACCGCCCGGAGCUCCUCUCGGAUGCCUCCUUCACCCACUUCUCUCCCGUCCCUCCCGCCCUACUCCCAACUGACCCCUCCGAUCCCACCUCGGCGCCGCCCUGCUGCCUCGGCGUCGACGAGGCCGGCCGCGGACCCGUCCUCGGUCCCAUGGUCUACGGCGUCUUCUACCUGCCCCUGCCGCUCUCCGACCCGCUCCUCCGUGAUACUCACCACUUCGACGACUCCAAGGUCCUCACCGCCGCCGUCCGCUCCGACCUCAUGCGCGCACUCUGCGAGCCCGGCUCCGACCUCCACAACUCCUGCGGCUGGGCCACCGACUCGCUCUCAGCCCGCGAUAUCUCAGCCAACAUGCUCCGGCCCGCUGCCUACAAUCUCAACGCCCAGGCUAUGGAUUCCACCAUCGACCUCAUCAAGGCAGUUUAUGCGAAGGGCGUCAACAUCCAGGAGAUCUACGUCGAUACCAUCGGCCAGCCAGCCCCCUACCAGGCCAAGCUGCAGCGCAUCUUCCCCACAGCCAAGAUUACCGUCGCCAAGAAGGCCGACAGCCUCUACCCGUGUGUCAGUGCCGCCUCCGUUUGCGCCAAGGUCACCCGUGACGCUGCCCUCGAGGUGCUGUACGAGGCACGCGCCCUCGAGGACGGUGUCACUACCGAGGAGGACGGCAUGGCUUGGGGCUCAGGAUACCCUUCCGACGCCCGAUGCGUGGGGUGGAUGAAGGGCAAUAUCCACCCCGUGUUUGGCUGGGGUCCUGAGUGUCGGUUCAGCUGGGGUACCGCCAAAGACAUGCUCGAGGGAAAGGGCAACGGCGUCAAAGUCGAGUGGCCAGCUGCCGAUGAUGGCGAGACGAGCAGGCUAACUGAUUUCUUUUCUGCCGGGAAUGAGGACAAGGGGUCUGAGCUGGGUACCUGGUUUGGCACACCGGCAGGGUUGGAAGCAUUUUAGGCAUAUUUCUUUUCUUUUUGAUUAUAAAAAGCCUGGGGGCACCCACUGGAAAGGGCUUCACAACUUGGGGCGCAUUGGAUGGUCAUCUCUGGGU